CUCGCUCCGAUCUGAGCCGAAAAACUUGAAUGCGAUUCAGAAACUGAAUCUCUACCUGAAUCCAAAUCUGCGGCAGUUGCGAGCGACGUUCGAAGUGCAAAAGACGCCGUCUAGUUGUAAAUACGCAAAGUAAACAACUUUAUUUUCGCUUAGCGAGAACCGGAAUCUCUUAGUCAUUUUAAUAAGCCGAAACCAUACCCGAACUUCGAACUAGAGCAAGGGUUUUAUAGUGCGUUAACCAUGGAUCAGAAGCGAGCCAUGCUUUAUCCGCAAGUUGAUUUCAACACCCCGACGGCCCCCUCGCCGACGCCAACGAGAGAGUUGGGCAAUCCCAUCGCCAACGGCCUGCCCAUUGAGGCUCCUCCAUCGUACGAUGUGGCGGUGUCUGUUCCGGUGGUUCCAGCGGUUUCCGCACCAGCAAUUGCCCCAGCACGACCACCGCCAGUGGUUGUCGUGGAGCAGCCAGCCCCACAACCACCCACAGUGGUUCCAACAGAUACUCUACACUUGGGUCCAAAUCGAAGUAGGGUUCUCUGCCCCGCCUGUGGAGCCAACAAAACCACCAGGAUGACACAUACGGCUAACUCCAGGACCCAUAUGGUGGCAGGUCUCCUCUGUUUGGUCGGAUUCUGCUGUUGUGCCUGUUUUGUUCCCUAUUGCAUGAACAGUUGCCGCACUGGAAACCACUAUUGUCGCAAGUGUAACACCUUCCUGGGAGCCUACAAUCCAAAGGGGAUGAACCGAUGAUAAGACUGCCAAGAUAAAGUGAUCUGGGGGCUAGACAGAUAGAACAGAUACAAGUUAUAAGCAAACACAAAGCAGCUGAUGUUUGCCAGCGGCUUAAUUAAGGUUGUAUAUACAUGGGCCAUUGGCUAGAGCGCAAAGCGUCAAAAAGAAGCAUCAUUGGUCACUUAAGCAUAUGUGAGGUAGCUUAAACAAAUUUGAUUUUUCCAUAAUUUUGCUUUACCCAUAAGCACUAGAGUAAACAUAAGCAAAACCGCUUACCUUCCCAUUGUUGCUGAAGAAGCUGGCCUUUGGCUUGCUAAAAAAAAUAAAAGCGUGGGCGGAAGCUUCGUAAUAAAAUGCAAACAAAAAGCAA